GAGCACCGCCGCCUGGCUCCCCGGCUCGACCCUAGAAGACACAGGGUCUCAGGGGUUAGGCUGGCCGGCACAGCCCAAGCAGACCCCAGCCUUGGAUGCACAGCAGGGCCAGGCCCCCACUGUCCUGCCGCCCACCCAACCCUCCGGUGGCUCCCUUAGGUAAGAACCAUCUGGGGUCCCCGCUGGGGUCAACUCUCUCUGGCAGAGGCCAGCUCACUGGGCAGAAAGAGCAGAGGCUGACGCUGAGCUUAGGGGCAACUUUGUCCAGGAUGUGAACAGAAAACGCUCCCAACUCCAGGGCUUCUCAGGGGCCAAAAGUCUGUGUGGGGAAGGAGUUUGUGGGCCCUCAGGUCCAAGACAGGUGGCACUUAGCAGUCCUCAUUCCACACAACCCGACCCCCAGAGGCUCGGGAGCUUCAGCGUGGCCAGGGACCCCCCGAGUGGGUGAGGUCUUUGAGGCAGUUUAGUGGAGAACGGGAAAACACCUCUCCAUAAGUUCCCUGAAGGGCCAGGACUCACCCCUCUAGAGCACCCCCUCCCCAUCAGGCCAGGGAACCACUGUCCUCCACUCCCGAGGAAGCUGGCUGUGCCCGCCCCUCACCCCACCCCCGCCGUGUCCCGGGCAGCACAGAGACAGCAUACUCAGCACUGGUAUCUGGGUGUCCUGGGCUCUAAGGAGCCAAGAGGUUUUGCUUCAUGCCACCAUGAAAGAAGCUUCUAAAAUUUGAAGUUCAUGGUUGCUCAGUGUCAAGCAGCCGAGAACAGUGCAAACAAAGAUGGCCGCUGGUGCGCUAACUUCUGAUCUGGGCCUGUGGAUUGCCGCCUCCGUGACGCCACCCAGUGAUUUGCUCUCUGGAGCUAGGGCAAAGUCAGGAGACCUCCCCACCACAGGGCGGCCAGGGCUGUUUGCAGAGGGCUGGCCCCAGAGGGGGACAGCAGACACCAUCUGGCACGUGCAUUCGACAAGUGGCUUAUGCUGUUUGGGGCGACCUCUGAGAUGCGUGUGUGUGUCCGUGGGGAAAAACCAACUGGGUAGGAGUGGCAACCACUGUGUACCUACCUCCCCUCCAAGCUGGCCUGGGCCUGGGUCGCUCCUCUCAAGGCGUGUGCUGGGAAUCCUACACAAGGACCGGGGAGGGACAUGGCCCUGGUGUCCAAGUGCCCCUCUCCUGGUACCAGGGCCUGCGGUGGCAGAGGUGACAGAGGGAGCUGUGGAGCUGGAGCCAGAGGGAUGGCCUGGAGAUGCUCACAGCUUAGAUGGAGAGGGAGUCUCUGGUAUGGGAAUCAGGAGGGCAGCAGGGGCCUUCACAAGCUGGGGAGCUGAACGGGGGAACAGUAGGGAGCCCAGCUCUGGGCACGUGUGGGCCUGAUCUCUGGGACGGUCUCGGACCCCAAGUCCUGUAUGUGCGGAUGGUAAAAGCCCAUUAUGUUCCCUGUCUCAUAGAAAUCCAUACCCACUGCCGUUGAGUCAAUUCCAACUCAUGGAGAUGCUUGAGGACAGAGUAGAGCUGCCCCAUAGGGUUUCCAAGGCUGUGAUCUUUAUGGAAGCAGGCUGCCACAUCUUUCCCCUAUGGAGCGGCUGGGGGAUUCAAACUGACUCUUUGAUUAGCAGUGAAGUGCUUAACCACUGCACCACCAGGGCUCCUUCUCUCUCAAAAAAACCAAAACCCAUUGCUGUAGAGUCGAUUCCGACUCACGGCAACCCUAUAGGACAGAGUAGAACUACCCCCAUAGGGUUUCCAAGGAGCAACUGGUGGAUUCGAACUGUUGACCUUGUGGUUAGCAGCCAAGCUCUUAACCACUUCGUCACCAGGGCUCCUUUCUUCUCAUGGGAGGUGGCCGCCUGGGAGGAGUGUCUUCUGGGGCCACCCCUUAGCUACACCGACCUCGGCACACUCUGAGACACGUGGCUUAUUGUUAUCAUGCUUAGAUUUCACCCCAAAAAACUGAAAAUCUUGGACGGAGGCCUGACGUCAUCUGCGCUGGGUUCUAGGUAGAUGGGGCACUGUCCGCUCUGGGUAGCAGGUCUGUGGCCCCCACCAACGAGAUGAGCGGGGGCCCAGUGCCCAGUCCACCCCACUCAGUCCUCUCAGCUCCUGGGACCAGGGGACCUCUGACUGCUGCCCUGGGAUCCAUGAGCAAUGGCUCCCCAGCCUGGGCCUUUCUCAUUUGAACUUGCCUUCCUUGGCCCUGGGCCCGCGCCCGUGGCCACCCCAGUCAUGAUGCCCACUUCUCCAUUGCAGGUUGGCCCUGAGGGGGCUGGCGCCGCAGGAUGGAAGCAUCCCCUGAGUGUACACAGCAGGAUGGGGGGCUGGGGCUGGUCCGCCGGCGGCCCCCAGCCCCCCAGAGCCUGCGCGAGACGCUGAAGGGCCGGCUGCAGCAGAGCUGCACAUGCCGCGGGCGGAAGGCCUGGGCGCUGGUUCAGGACCUGGUGCCUGCAACGCACUGGCUGCCCCGGUACCGCCUGCAGGAGGACCUGGCGGGUGAUGUUAUGUCCGGGCUGGUCAUCGGCAUCAUCCUGGUGCCACAGGCCAUCGCCUACUCGCUGCUGGCCGGGCUCCAGCCCCUCUACAGCCUCUAUACGUCCUUCUUCGCCAACCUCAUCUACUUCCUCCUGGGCACCUCCCGCCAUGUGUCCGUGGGCAUCUUCAGCCUGCUCUGCCUCAUGGUGGGCCAGGUGGUGGACCGCGAGCUCCAGCUGGCUGGCUUAGACCCCACCCAGGACGGCCUGUGGCCAGGGGCCAACAACAGCACCUUCAACGCCUCAGCCACAGGGUUGGCGCUUGGGCCUCAGGACUGCGGGCGGGACUGCUACGCCAUCCGUGUGGCUACCGCCCUCACGCUGGUGGCUGGGAUUUACCAGGUCCUCAUGGGCGUCCUCCGGCUGGGCUUUAUGUCCACCUACCUCUCGCCACCGCUGCUCGACGGCUUCGCCAUGGGGGCCUCAGUGACCAUCCUGACCUCCCAGCUCAAGCACCUGCUGGGUGUGCGGGUCCCGCGGCACCAGGGGCCCGGGAUGGUGCUGAGCACGUGGCUGAGUCUCCUGCGCAGUGCCAGCCAGGCCAACGUGUGCGACGUGGUCACCAGUGCUGUGUGCCUGGCCGUGCUGCUGGCUGCCAAGGAGCUCUCAGACCGCUACCGGCACCACCUAAAGGUGCCCCUGCCCAUGGAGCUGGUGGUCAUCGUGUUGGCCACACUUGCAUCCCACUUCGGGCAGUUCCAUGAGAGGUUCGGCUCCAGCGUGGCCGGCCACAUCCCCACUGGCUUCCUGGCCCCACAGGUGCCUGACCCCGGGCUGAUGUGGCGCGUGGCGCUGGACGCUGUGCCCCUGGCCCUCGUGGGAUCUGCCUUCUCCAUCUCGCUGGCAGAGAUGUUUGCCCGGAACCAUGGCUACUCUGUCCGUGCAAACCAGGAGCUCUUGGCCGUGGGCUUCUGCAACGUGGUGCCUGCCUUCUUCCAUUGCUUCGCUACCAGUGCUGCCCUGGCCAAGAGCCUGGUGAAGACAGCCACAGGCUGCCGCACGCAGCUCUCCAGUGUAGUCAGCGCUGCCGUGGUGCUGCUGGUGCUGCUGGCCCUGGCGCCCCUCUUCCAGGACCUGCAGAGGUGCGUGCUGGCCUGCGUCAUCGUUGUCAGCCUGCGCGGGGCCCUGCGCAAGGUGGGUGACCUUCCGCAGCUGUGGCGGCUCAGCCCGGCCGAUGCGCUGGUCUGGGUGGCCACUGCGGCACCCUGCGUGCUGGUCAGCAUUGAGGCUGGGCUGCUGGUCGGUGUGCUCCUCUCGCUGCUCAGCCUGGUGGGCCGCACACAGCGCCCGCACGCCACCCUGCUCGCUCGCAUCAGCGGUUCUGCCUUCUAUGAGGACACUAUGGAGUUCGAGGGCCUCCUCCCUGAGCCGGGGGUGCAGAUCUUCCGAUUUGCGGGGCCGCUCUACUAUGCCAACAAGGACUUCUUCCUGCGGUCACUCUAUAGCCUCACGGGACUGGACGCAGGGCGCACAGCUGCCAGGAGGCGGGGGCUGGAUGCAGGGGCGCACAAGGGGAACAGCAGCGGCAAGGACCUGGGCCCAGCAGGCACCACAUCCGUGCUGGUGUCCUCGGCAGCCAGCUUCCACACAGUGGUCAUUGACUGCGCCCCCCUGCUGUUCCUGGAUGUAGCCGGCCUGGCUGCACUACACGACCUGCGCAGAAACUACGAGGCCCUGGGCAUUGUCCUGUUGCUUGCCUGCUGCAGCCCCUCGGUGACAGACAUGCUGAGGCGAGGGGGCUUCCUUGGGGAGGACGAGGGGGACGCGGCCGAGGAGGAGCAGUUAUUCCACAGCGUGCACAGCGCAGUGCAGGCGGCCCGAGCCCGCCAUGGGGAGCUGGCGGCUACAGACUCCACCCUCUAGCAAGGUCAGCACCUGCGGGCCAUCACCACACCCUCUUAGGAGCCCAAGGCACACAUCCUCCACCAAUCGCCACGCUCCUUCCCAGGGAGCAGUGCCCGUGGCUGGAGUCAGCUACCAGACACCCUCUCAUGCCAUACCUACUCUAAAAAAACGGAAUUCUAACUGGGAACAGGGACAGACAGCACUUUUAACACACACAAGGACCACAGACACUCAAGGAUCCAAGAAUCACUGCCUUCAACACAAAUGCUGCCCUGGCUGCCGUCCUGGGCACUAAUCCCAGACCCACAGGGCCCCCACUGAGAAGAACCACAUCUACCCCAGUCUUAAAAGUCUUAAUCACGCUUGAACAGGGGCUCUGUAUCUCACUUUGCACCAACUAAAACCAAGUAUUGUCGCCUCAAUUUCAACCCAUGGCAACAUCACGUGUGUCAGAGUAGGGUUGUUCAGUGGCUGUGGGGUUGUUCGGUGGCUGAGUUUUUGGAAGUAGAUCGUCAGACCUUUCUUCCAAGGCACCUCUAAAUGUUCUCAAACCUCCAACCUUUCGGUUUGCAGCCAAGUGUUGGUUAACGACUUGCACACCAGGGACUGCUGGUUUUUGCACGUGGCCCCGCAAAUCACGCAGCCUCCAAAGUACUGUAGAAAACAAAAACCCUCACAACUGAACCAAUAAGCAGCAUCAUGAUAAACGAAGAAAAGAUUGAAGCGGUCAAGGAUUUCAUUUUACUGGGAUCGACAAUAACACCUGCGGAAGCAGCAGUCAAGAAAUCAAAUGACACACUGCAUUGGGCAAAUCUACUGCAAAAAACCUUUAAAGUGUUAAAAAGCAAGGAUGUCACUUUAAGGACUAACAUGCACCUGACCCAAGCCAUGGUGUUUUCAGUCGCCUCGUAUGCAUGGGAAAGCUAGACAAUGAAUAAAGAAAACCAGAGAACUGACAUCUUUGAAUUACGGUGUUGGCAAAGAAUACUGAAUACACCACGGACUGCCAGAAGAACAAACAAAUCUGUCUUGGAGGAAGUACAGCCAGAAUGCUCCUUAGAAGCGAGGAUGGCGAGACUGCGUCUUACAUAUUUCGCACAUGUUAUCAGGAGGGAACAGUCCCUGGAGAAGGACAUCAUGCUUGGUAAAAUAGAGGGUCACUGACAAAGAGGAAGACCCUCAACGAGAUGGACUGACACAGUGACUGCGACAAUGAGCUCAAGCAUAGCAACAACCGUGAGGACGACACAGGACUGGGCAGUGUCCCGUUCUGUCGACCACAGGGUGGCUACGAGUCGGAACUGACUCGACGGCACAUAGCAACAACAACAAACCAAGUACCAUCGCGUCAAUUCUGACUCAUGGCAACACCAUGUGUGUCAGAACAGGGUUUUCAGUGGCUGGGUUUUUAGAAGUGGAUCAUCGGACCUUUCUUCCAAGGUGCCUCUGGGUGGUCUCAAACCUCCAACCUUUCGGUUUGCACCCAAAUGUGUUGGUUAAUGCGCUGGCACACCAGGGACAGCUCAUUUUGCAUAUAGCCCCGCAAAUCACGCAGUCUCCAAGGUGCUAUAUGGAAACCCCACUGACUCAGCCUGGCCAGCCCCUGCCCCACCUUGGGUAAGAGCCAAGGACUCUGGUCUAGGGCACCAGGGUUUCUGUGUCUCUGGGAACCCCACCCCCUACGCACACACCCCACACACCUAAGUGCUCCUUACACCUGGCGCCUCAGCCCAGGCUGAGCCUCAUGGUGCCGCUACCUGCACCAGGGCAAGCAGUCCAGUGUCAGAGCCAAACGCAGGUGGGACCAGGACACACCUUAGCCCAGCCCUUGGGCACAGCAUCCUGGCACAGACCAGCCUGUGAAUACACACAACACAGGCUAUGUGGGGGUGCAAAAACCAAAAACUGGGCAAAGCCAGGUACGACCGUCUGCCACCCUGAUCCUGAGUCUCCAGAGGGAAGCCAGGUGGACUAGCUACAAAGGUAGCUGGGCAGGGUCCAGGUGCUGACCCCCAGGACCCAGGCCCCACGAGAGGCAGCCCCAAUGGCCCUUUGAUGGCAAAUGCAGGAAUCAGGAGCAGCAGUGCUUCCUCAGAGGGAGGCAUCCGCCCUGUGCCCCCACUUUAGCACCCCACCCCCAGCUCCACACUGAUCCCCACACCCCAGUCCACCAUGAGGCCAGCAGGCUCUCCCACUGGCCAGUCCCACCUCCCCUCUCAGCCUCAGUCUUCAUCUCUGUAAAGUGGGGCUCUUGCCAGCUUCCCCCAAUUACCCCCCCGCCACCGGCACCCACCUGGCCGUGAUGAG